AUGAAAUAUAGUUUUGCAAUCAUCGAGUUCACAAACGCGCGUCUUUCUUACAUAUCCGUGAAUAUAUCCUCCAGCAACAUUUCGACCUAUUUUUUUUAAAUUUCCGGAGUUCACACAGCAACAUAUGGUCCUUGCGAACCGGAUCGCGGAAGUAUCGUCGCGAAACGUAAUUUAAUAUCAAGAGUGCCCAAGAACUGACCCCGUCGUGCUAGGCCUAGAUCAUAGUACUUCUGUUAGUCGGUGCAAUUGAUACAAGCUAGUGUGACUCGAAAGGAAAUUUGAUAUUGGAUAAAGUGCGCAAAUCCUUCAAUAUGGAUAAACUAAUCCGAGAACGCAAGUCGCUCGAACCGCGUUUAAAACGAAUCUCGGAUGCCGCGGCGAAAAUCAAGCCAGAAGAGGCUGAAGAAGUUGAAGUGCAAAGCGAGCUUGAUGCAUUAUGUGAAGUGUGGGCAGGUUACGGAGCAUUAUACAAACGUAUUAUCGGCGCGUGUGAUGACGGUGAAGAAUAUGAAGAUGCAGUGAAACAUCAGGCAAACUUCGAAGAAUUGUAUAUUUCUGUGAAAAAUCGCCUAAUGAAGAUCACGAAGGCUAUCAGAGAAAGGGAAGGCUAUACGGCCAAUCCACAAGCACCAAACGACGUUAUCCAGCUGCUUGCGGCUCAGCAGACUGAAUCUCUGCGUCUCAUGGCCACCAACAUGCCCACUAGUUCAACCUCUUCAACAGCGGCGAACAGUUUCGUGGGUGCGUCUCCCUUGUCGGAUUUGAAGUUGCCCCGUAUGAAUUUACCUACCUUCAGCGGAAAUUAUCUGGACUGGCAGUCGUUUUUUGAUUUGUUUGAGAGUUUGGUACAUGCAAAUCCUUCUCUGAAAGACAGUCAAAGGCUGUAUUUCUUGAAAACCAAUCUCGACGGUGAAGCAGCAUCAUUGAUUUCCCAUCUAAAGAUUGAGGACGCUAACUAUCGUGCUGCGUUGGAUAAAUUGAAAGCCAGAUACGAUAAGCCCCGAGAAAUCGCCAACAAACACAUUCAACGUUUCCUAGCUCAACAAACAUUAACGACAGCCUCAGCGAGUGGCCUCCGAUCGCUGCACGACGUUUCAGACGAAGUCAUACGAGCACUCAAAGCUAUGAACAGAGAAGAUCGUGAUACCUGGUUGUUAUUUAUUCUCUCUGAGAAGUUAGAUUCGGACACGAAGCAGGUGUGGUGCCAAAAGAUUUCAGAAAUGAAUGAGGAGGACAUCACUUUGCAAGCAUUUCUCAAGUUUUUGGAAUCAAGAAGCUUCGCCCUUCAUGCUGCUCAGCCUACAAGAUCGAGGCCGAUUAUACCGUUCAAGCCAUUCCCAAAAGCACAAGCUAGAAGUGCUAUGACGUAUGUAGCUACGAAUUCCCCGUUUUGCACCAUUUGUUCGAAUCCUCAUCAUCACAUUUACCAAUGUGGUAAAUUCCUUCACAUGGGCCCCGAUGAUCGGCUUGCGCAUGUGAAUCAUUUGCAACUGUGUUUAAAUUGCCUGAAACCCCAUCAAGAAGACAUCUGUCGGUCGGGUAUGUGUAGGAAAUGCCAUCAACCUCAUCACACUCUACUACAUUCCGCUGUGUACUCAUCAAACACGCAGCAAACUAACGAAUCGCUAGCAUCCUCGGCUCCUGUCGGUUCAAGCCAGCCGCUACACAGUCUAAUCUCCGCUCUCGACGCUCAUCAUGACAUCGACGCUUCGAACGUUCUGCUUGCUACCGCUGCUGUUGAUAUAAACGACAACCAAGGUCGACGUCGUACUUGCCGUGCUGUUUUGGAUAGCGCAUCACAAGUCAGCUUCAUUACUGAGAGAUGUUGCAACGAGCUCGGUAUCAAAACUCGUGCCUCCAACAUGGAGCUUGAAGGCAUUUCGUCCGUACCAACACGAGCGCACAAGUGUGCGGAAAUCAUCAUCACUUCUCGCUGUUCAGAUUUUCGAGCGGUGGUGCCUUGUAUGGUGCUAGAUAAGAUAACUAACACUUUGCCAUGCAAGCAAGUGUCCACCGAUGACUGGACAAUUCCAGAUUCAAUACAUCUAGCCGAUCCAUUUUUCCAUCGCCCAGGUAGGAUCGAUGUGCUGCUAGGCAUUGAAAUUUUCUUCCAACUGUUGCAACCUGGACAAAUUUCACUCAAUUUCGGUGGCACUUCACCAACCCUCCAAAACACCAAGCUCGGGUGGGUAGUAGCCGGCCGGUUCAAUAACAAGAGCACUGUGCCUUUGUCUCCAGCGUCAACCUGUCUCUUGGUAUCCACUGAAGACGGGCUGUCUCAGCAGUUACGUAAAUUCUGGGAACUAGAAGAGUACGCCAUAUCCACGAAGCAUCUCACGGAAGAAGAGCAGAUUUGUGAACGCCAUUUCUCUCAAAACACCGUCCGCAACGAGUCAGGAACAUUCGUAGUUAGGCUUCCAUUUCUACUGAGUACGAAUAAUCUCGGAGAUUCUUAUCAGAUGGCUCAGAGAAGAUUGAACCACAUUGAGCGAAAACUUGAGCGAAAUCCACAGCUGAAAACCGAAUACCACGAGUUCAUGCGUGAGUACCUAGAUCUCGGACACAUGUCUCUCGUAGGUGACACUAAAUCUCCAACCAAUGGCGUUUAUCUACCUCACCACUGUGUUGUUAAAGGGAGUAGCACUACUACGAGAUGCCGGGUUGUUUUCGAUGCAUCCGCCAAAACAACCUCCGGACUCUCACUAAAUGAUGUUCUCAUGUGUGGGCCAACUAUACAAGAUUCAUUGAUCAAUAUUCUGCUACGAUUUCGUUUUCCACCAAUCGUCCUGGUUGGGGAUGUGAAACAGAUGUAUCGUAUGAUUUGGGUGGAUGGAAGAGAUCGUGACUGCCUCAAAAUUUUGUGGCGAUGGAAUAAGGACGAGGAAAUUAAGGAAUAUCGGUUGAACACCGUUACAUUUGGCACGAAAUGCGCAUCAUUUCUAGCCACUAGAUGCGUUCAGCAGUUAAUGGAAUCAUAUAGAUCGCAAUAUCCUGUGGCAGUCGAGAAGGUGGAGAAAGGCAUCUACGUGGAUGACAUUCUCACAGGAGCGGAAACUGAGGAAGAAGCAAGGAAACUGAGGAAACAGCUCACCGAAAUGUUUGCAGACGGCGGAUUUCAUCUGAGGAAGUGGGCAUCCAAUUGCCCUCCUGUGUUGGAUGGAGUUCCUGAUGCUGAUAUUGAGGUGAAAUUCCGUAUUGCAGAAACCGAGGGCGACGUUAUCAAGGCCCUUGGAAUGCAUUGGCAGCCGUGCAGUGACGAGUUCCAGUUCUCUUUCCAACUUAACGAGAUCCUUCAGCCUACAAAGCGCAUCAUUCUGUCACAAAUUGCCAGCCUUUUUGAUCCGUUAGGCCUACUUUCUCCAGCAAUCGUCAAGGCAAAAUUAGUGAUGCAGCGAAUGUGGGAACUGAAGGUGGACUGGGAUGCAACGCCCCCUGAUACCUCGCCGUGUGAUCAACAUACAGAACUGGACUCGCAUCUACCUGCACGGCUACUGCGAUGCAUCCGAGGUGGCAAUGGGCGCGUGCGUUUACAUUCGUGCAGUGAACGACAACGGCGAUACUUCAUCACAACUGCUUUGUGCAAAGUCGAAGCUAGCGCCAAUCGGCAACGGCAGAUCAACUAUUCCCCGUCUGGAGUUAUGUGCUGCAGUGGUUCUUGCACGUCUAAUAGCCAACGUGAGCACGGCUCUAUCAACGUUAAAAUUUCACGAGGUGCGAGCCUUUUCGGAUUCCAAGGUCGUUCUGGCAUGGCUUUCAGGAGGUGCUUCCAAGUGGAAGAUAUUUGUAGCGAAUCGCGUUGCUGAAAUAUGCUCCCAUUUACCCGCUGUCAACUGGUUUCACGUCGCGACCAAUAAUAAUCCGGCAGAUUUAAUCUCUCGAGGGUCGUUUCCCGAUCAAUUAUUUCACAACUCGUUGUGGUGGUUUGGACCCGAUUGGAAUCCAGAA